AUGGAGCGAGAGAUUAGGGUUCGAAUUGGGGCUCGCUCUUCACUUAUCCAAACCCACCUCCAAUUCAAGGCUUCUCGACCUGGUGAUAUUGAUGAGCGCGAGGUUGUUACUCCUGAUGUCAUGACCAAGUAUUUCAUAGGUGUCACACUAAAGGAAAGAUCUCCAGAUGGUGUUGUGACGUUAGUUGAUGUGGGCUUGAGUAAGCAAUUAAUUGAUUUUGUUGACAAUAUGCAGAAUGUCGUCGUUGAUCAAGUACUUGAUCCUGGAACAAGAGUUACAGUGGCUAUGGGAGACAGUUGGAAUUUGGAUGCUGAUAUAUCACGGCAGGUUGUAUCAUCAUCCAAGCCAAGGGAAGAAGCAGGGAUGUAUUGGGGGUACAAAGUGCACUAUGCUUCCAAUAUCACUUCGGUAAUGAUUGAAUGUCCAUACGAGGGUGGCUAUGAUCAUUUGAUUGGGACCUCAGAGCAUGGUCAGAUUAUCAAUUCCUCCAAUCUCACUAUACCCACUUUCAGAUGCCUACUGUGUCCAUAA